GAAAUGAAAAGCGAAAGAUAAUUAAUGCAGUUCCUGUAUCCUAUCCGUGACUCCUUUAUUAUUUAUUAUUCUAGGACGAGUUUAAUUAGCGGCUUCUGUAUGCAUCAGACGAACUAAAAAAUUCCUUUGCUUUAAGCGUCCUUCCCCUUUCUUUCCCCUAGUUCCGUUUCCCCACAGGCACACAUAGAGAACCGUACCGAUGCUGCUGAGCGUCACAAUCCCACCGACACGGAAUGCUCACAGGUUGUUAUAAGAUCCGCAUUGGUGUUGGAAUUCUGUCAGUAGCAAACUCCGUUGCUCGCUGUCAAGACUGUGGAAGGCGCUUUAGCUACCCCAUUUAUUAACUGCCGUACGUCGGCAACAUGGGUAUGGGGCACCGUAAUGGAGGGUGGACUCGUCGGACGCUCAUCUUUUUCCUCCUGUUGAGUCUCACUCUGGCUGAUGAAGAACACGUCGAAUCGGGUGACAACACACCAGAUCUCACCACCGACACCUCGAUUACGUUUACGGACCGUGACGAUUUCCCAGACCAUGAGGAGACUGUUAAUAAUGCAUUGCUGAUGCACCCCACCGAAGAAACUACAACUCACGCCUGUCAAACACCGGCCGAUCCCGGUCCUUGCACGGGAGAGUUGAUCAGGUUCUUUUACGACUCGACGGCUCUGAGAUGUCGUCAGUUUAUCUACGGAGGAUGUGAGGGAAAUAAAAACAAUUUUGGCACCGAAGCGGAUUGUAUGAAAAUGUGCGCCCACACUUUGGUCGACCAACCCUUUAGAGAUAGCGAUCAAAACGACUUUCCCACGGAUACUUCGGUCGGCGACAAAGACCAAAUGCUCACGCUAGCCAAUGGCCACAGCGAAACUUCGUUCACUUUCUCGGCCGAAUAUCCUUUCAUCCAGCUGAAAGCCGUCGACAUUAGCGAAUUCAAACUUCGACAGGUUAGGGAAAUCAUUUUUGAAUUUCGUUCUCCGGAAGCGCAAGGAUUGCUGCUCUAUCAGGCCCUGAGGAAUCCGCCUCCCGACGAACCGAAAUACGAGUUGUAUGUCCUUUUGGAAGGAGGAGAGCUGAAAACGAUUCAUGUUUUUGGCGCCAAUGAAACCACGCUGUUGGUCGGAAAAGGUCUCAACCGUGAUUGGUGGCAUCGCGUCAGGAUACGCGUCGAUCCCACGAUCGCUUCGCUGCAAGUGCAAGUCGACGACGAAAUCCAAUCCAUAGUGAUCGAAGGCCUCGACAAAGAUGAAGGCUAUGGUCGACGCCAGCAUAUUAAUUCGACGCUCUUCAUUGGAGGAAUGAACUGGGCGCAGGAUGAAGUGGAAUCUAGUUAUCUCUUCGAACACUUUGUCGGUUGUCUGAGGAACGUCCAGCUCAAAAGUGGAUCCGAUUUGAGCAUCGUAACACCGCUAAAGGCUUCUGCCCAUCGGGACAUCGUCGAAGGAUGCGUGGACAAAUGCAAAGCGGGAGAGAAUCGAUGUCGCAAUGGCGGUAAAUGUUUGAAUCGCUACCACAGCACUGCUUGCGAUUGCUUCGGCACCAAGUAUGAAGGAGACAGUUGUGAUUAUGAUAGUCCAACUACUAUAACGCUAAGGGGCUACUCGUACAUCUCUUAUCGCAUUUACGACUGGAAAGACCGUGCUCACUCGGAAUCCAAUCGUAUUAGCCUUCUGUUUCGCGCGUUGAUGGGCGAUUCCAUUCUUUUCUAUGCCGGUGGAACAUUCCCGUACACCAAUCACGUGGCCGUUACUCUAUUGGCCAAUAGCUCAUUAUACGUUGAAGUGGAUUUUGGUGAUGGUCCUCAUGGAGUUCAUUUAGGGGAAGAUUUGACUACCGGUGUCUGGAACAACUUUACUCUCAUUCAUAACGGAAACACCUUGGAUUUCAUACUGAAUGGUCGCGGACAAAGAAUGUUGGUCCACGGGUCUCGUUAUUACUUGCGCUUUGACCCACACAUUUUCGUCGGUGGUGAUCGCAAGCCAUUGGGACUAGGUCUCCGUUCAAGCAACAAUUUUGUAGGCUGCUUAUCUGAAGUCUACUUCAAUGACGUCUCCAUCCUGCAGAAGCUAAGAACAAAUUCACCACACGCUUUGUAUCAUAGCAUUUUCCGGCCGGAAAUAGGGCAAUGCAAGGAUGUACCCGUAGUUCCGAUAACGUUUCCUUUUCAAGAAUCCAAAUUAUCCAUCAGUCUACAAAUGGUUCCUAUGACAGAGCAAAAAUUGCAGAUUAAUCUGGGUUUUAAGACACGCAAUUCAACUGCUGUACUAGCUCACGGUACUGGCAAAACAGUAGACGGAGUAGUUGGUUUGUGGGAGUUAAAAUUGAGCAAAGGUGAAAUGGAGUUCCGGAUAUCUGAAGAUGCCACCAAUGAAUCUUUGUGUUUCGUUGUACUAAAAAAGGGUCAACGCUUGGCCGAUGGUUCGUGGCAUCAAGUGCAUUUAGUCUACGGACAUGAUGGCGUUAGUUUGGCCGUUGAUUACCGUAGACCAGAAUUCAAAAACCUUAACCAAGGCAAUGUUCCUUCUCUUACAUUGGAUGAGGAAUCUCUCAUUGUAAUUGGAGUUGGUUAUCUCGACUCCCAACCCGGUUUUAUCGGUUGUAUUCGAGAUCUUGUCAUGAAUCGCAAGAAACUUGACCCUCGUGCUUUACUUUCAACUGCCCUAGUCAGGGAAAUAUCACUUGACAAUUGUCAGUUGGUAGAUCCGUGCCAUCGCCCGAAUGCUUGCGAGCACGGCGGAUUGUGCAACGUUGACGAAGGUCGAGUCGUUUGCGAUUGCACAGGAACAGGCUACACUGGAAAGAACUGCCAUUUUGCUCUGUACAAGAGGACUUGUGAAGAACUGGCGCUGCUUGGCUACAUGAAGAGCGGAGUUUAUGAGAUUGACAUUGACGGAAAUGGACCUCACCCACCUGCUCACGUUCGCUGUGAAUUUGAGGCUAACAGUGGAGUGCGGAAGACAGUGGUGGAACACAAUCUGCCCCAAGAUGCUGAAAUUCGCGGUCGUGUCAUGGAUAAUGUUGUUUUUAAUUUGACCUAUCGAGAAUUUAGCGCUGAAAUGCUGCAAAGUUUAAUUUCUCAAUCUCUGCAAUGCAAACAAAUUCUUCGUUACGAUUGCUACAAAGCUCCCCUGGAACUACAUUCGUACACGUGGUUCCGCUCGGCAGCAGGAAAUCUGCUGGAUUCCAUUCCGCUAGGAAAAGCGCAACCUGGACGAUGCCCUUGUUCACAAAAUCAAAAUUGCAAACACGCAAGCGUAUUUUGCAAUUGUGACGCUGACGAACCGCGCUGGCUGUCCGAUGAAGGGUAUUUAACGCAACCCGAGGAUUUGGGGAUAACUCAAAUAUUUGCUCUACAACAGCGGCGUCUUGUACCACAAGCAGAAGGGCGAAUUACUUUGGGGCCUUUGGAAUGCGUGGAAGCAAACACGCAGCAGUACGUAGUGACAUUCAAAUCUCCAGACUCCUACAUGGAGGUUCCUGGAUGGCAUCGUGGAGAUUUGGCGUUCAGUUUUCGUACAUCUAGCGAAAGAGCUAUUUUACUUUACCAGCCACUUUUACACCCGAAACAUCCCUACUUCAGAGUUCUUCUUGUUAAUGAAUACAAGUUGACGCUCGAGUUCUCCAUUAAUGGUGAGCCGAGGAGUGUUACGGUGAAAAGUUCUCGAGAUCUCAACUCCGGAGAGUGGCAACAAGUCUGGAUCGACUACAACGAAUAUCAUGUAAGGUUCACAGUCAAUCAGGAAUCGAUAUUGGUCGAUCUCAACGACGGCGAAGAGUUUGGACCAUUUGAGGCCACCCUUUUUAUCGGAGGUGCUCCAGAGGAAAUGCUGGGCUCAGAAACUGCAGUUCAUACAGAUGGGCUUGUUGGCUGCUUUCGAGGAUUAGUUAUGAAUAACGAAGUUGUAAACCUUUACGCCUACAUGAACGCGCGCUUCCCAGACAUGAUUCAAAAACACUGCCGACCUUCUUGCGAUCCCAACCCGUGUAAAAACGGGGCUUCUUGCGUCGAGUUCUGGGGCUCCUACAAGUGCGUCUGCAAGAAUCCUAUGGCUCAUUUUGGAUACAAUUGCGAAACAGACAUAAACCAAAAUGCCGUAACUUUCCGGACCGCAUCGUCAUUUGUGGAAGCCAACGCAACUACAUUAGAUAUUGCCAACAAUUUGGGAUUGAGGGGAUUCUUUCACCAAGACAUUCUCAUUAACCUUCGUACAUUUGAUAGUCGUUCGCUGAUUUUUUAUGCUUACGACUAUCACAAUAAUUUUGUCCAGUUGCACAUAGAAGACGGUAAUCAGGUGGUUUUCACAUUUAAUUCAGCCAAUACGAUUCACAGCGUUUCAACUGUCGUCAAGGGGUUAACAUCAGGGCAGUCGAUUCAAAUAUUAGUAGAUCGAGAAGCUGAAUCCACAGCUCUACAUGUCAACACAGCCAAAAGUAUAAUUGAAGCCCCACUAAGUUUAAUGCAAAGCUAUGCUCGAGCUCCCUGGAUUAACAAGGAAAAAGAAAUGAUCAAACCACCUAGACCUGUCCGACGACCAGAAGAAUUUUAUCAAGUUUUCCUUGGUGGAGUUGACGAGGAUUACAUGACGACGUCGCUUGGUGGCUACACUGGUUGUCUACGGGGUCUGAGUGUUGGUGGCAACAUUUUAGAUCUCACAUCGAAGGGCGCCGAUGGUAUUGCGCGUGAUGCUAAUGAUUGGCUUCCAUUUGGUAAAACAUUCCUGGUCACCAAUUGGGCGGCAAGAGGAAGUCUUGUCACACAAGACCGAGACGCCUCGGAAGACGGAAGCGAGGAAUCCGGUGUAGUGCACAAUUGCAAUAUGCUUUGCGACCAACAGCCGUGUCAAAAUGGAGGCGCUUGUUUGGAAGAUUUCCGAUCCAAUACUUACCAUUGCGAUUGCGAGAUGACAUCGUAUUCUGGCUCAUAUUGUACGGAAGAAAAAGGAGCACAUUUCCGCGGUGACUCUUAUAUUACUGCACAUUAUGCCUCUCUGGACUUGGAUGCAAUCAAAAUUCAGCUAGCUUUCUCUACGACGGCCGUUCGUAACAUUGCUCAGGCUUUGUUAUUGAUUCAAACAAGCAAAGCAAAAACCAAGUACCUUUUGGUAAGCUUGACAGCGCUGGGAUAUUUAAGAAUCGAAGACGAUCGCGGCAAUGGUGUUGUUUACGGCGCUGAAGUGAAAUCUGUUAAUUUUCUUAAUGGUGCCCGCCACUCGGUUUAUUAUAAGCGAAACGGAGCCAAUGCCAUAUUGCUGAUAGAUAGAGACGACGUUCCUCUCCGUCCGUUGAGCACAUCGAUACAUCCAGAUGGACUGGCUGAUGUGACGGAUGAAAAUGCUAUCCAUAUCGGCGGAGUGAAAGUUACAAACGACCCACGGUUUACGGACUAUGACCACUUCGACGGAUGCAUAUCUAACGUUGUGGUAGAACUUGAUGGGACUCAGUUACAUCCUUUAUUGGCUUACCUUGGUUAUCAGCGAUCUGGACUGGAGGCGGUCACUUCACACGACCCAGAAGGCAUUGAAGAAGAAGCGAGAUGUGCAGCAUUUUCAAUAACACCCCCCGGAGUUAUAGAGGAUGAUAUGGAUUCAUAUAAUGACACGUCCGACCAGGAGUGGCUACCCAAACCUCCUCUCAUACUUCCGUACAAGCCUGUGUUCGUUGGUCCCGCCAAUUACGACCCAACUACAUCGAACCGAAUUCUUGUUGGACUGGGCUGCAUCUUUUUGGCAGGAUCGAUCGCCCUGGCGAUUUAUUUAUGCAAGACGCAUCGGCGCAGCAAGCGUCGCCAAUACUUGCACGACGAUGAGCAGCUUCUGAUUCUCCAAUCGUCAGUUCAGAAGCAACCAGCCAUUCGUCCGGCCUUGCGCAAUAGUCCUGUUCGAAAUGUGGGUGUCACUGCUCCGAAUGCUCACUGUAUCUUGAGACAGGUCCCAGAUGACGCAAAACUCAUUUCACUUUCCGACUCGAAUGGUUGGAAAAAUGAGUUUGUCGCAACAAGUGGAUCAGGCGUAGCACUAAAUUUACUGGACUCGAUCUCGAGCCAAGAAAACGAAAAUCAAUCGUCUAGCCCCAAUGACAAUCCAAAUCUGUGUGGUGCAGCUCCAGAAAUGCUAGUGCGCUAUUUGGAUGAUCCAGAGGCGGACAAUAUUGUAACAGAAGUUUCAGCAGAACGCUUUUCAGGCAUCGUCCCAAGUAUCGAAGAAGCAGGAACCAUCUCACGUACUGGCUCGUUUCAAGGGUCAGAAACAGACUCAAAAGAGUGGCCGUCUACACACAAGCAACACUACCAAGCAGCAAAUACGACGGUUUCACCAUCACUCGAAAUUACUGAUGAAAGUGAGUCAGAGACUCUAAAACCGAAAAACUACGAAUGUUUAAAUGGUGAUAGUGAUACCUCCAAAAUACCACUUACCACUGCUCUGUUAGAAAGCAUGCCUUCAAUAAUUGACAUGGUAACUGAUGUCUUACGUACCGCCAAAAACAUCCUCGAGGACGGUGUUGAGGAAUCGAGCGUAAAAAACGACACUGUCGAUCUGAUGAACGCUGACAACUCAGUGCUCAAAGAAUUGGUAGACAAUAGUCUCCCUAGAAAUGACACGUCGCAUAAAGUGGGUUCUGAAGAAAUUCCAAACAUUCCAGUAAAGCGAGCACCUAUCGAACGCAUCAGCGAAUCGAAUCUAUCUGACGAUGACAAUGCAUCAGUGGACCUCUCUACCGAAGACCUGGAAUUGACUGGGGCAACAGCAGAAUACCCAGCUUCUUCAACUGAUGAUCAACUUACAAAUCAGCAAUCAACAGUUCCUGCAGUAACCAGAAACAAUGUAACAUAUGACAAUCAGAUUUUUCUAUUGCCACGGUUUGGUGCAGAAAGGGCUCGCAACUAUGCUAACCCUUUAAGUUAUCUAGGAGGGUCACGUUUGCUUACAAAAAACCUUCAACGAACUUCCAAAGAAUCAAUCUUAUCAAUUGAUGAGUAAAAAUAUCUAUAGUAAAACUGAAUUAAAUUUAAUAUCAUGUGAAAUCGUCAUGUCAUGUAUGCUGAUUGAAAGAAAGAACUGCAUGCCUUUUAGGAUACAUAAAGACGAACUCGAAUAAAAAAUUUAGUGAAAUGUAAA